UCACUCGACAGAAGGCAUUACGUCCUUAUCGUGUUCAAAUUAAUAACAGUUACGAGUCAGUGCUAAAUCAACGUGUAGAACCUGACCUAAUAUUAACCUUUAACCCUUCCAAAUAAAAACUUUCAGAUUUGUUUUCCACCAGUUCUUCUACAGUUCAGACUACGAUGCAAAGCUUGCACCCUAAUGUACCUGUCGCGGUUCCUUUCCCAUUUUUUCCGUACCCUUUCCUUGCAAUGAUCGACCAUGCCACUCUAGGGGGAGAGUCCCCCUUCGUUUUGACAGAAACUAACCUUAGCCCAGGAAAAAACGGAGAAAUAACUAAAAAGUCUGACAAGAAACCAGCAAGAAGGCCCAUGUCCUCUUACAAUUUGACUCCUGUUUCUAAAAGGAAACCCAAGUUUGACUUUUCCAGGCUGGCUGAAUCUGCCACGUCUAAAGACGAUGACCUCGACUGUUAUGCUUCUAAGCCCAUGGGUCUUCAAACAGACGAAACGUCUGCCAUCAUUACUAGCCAUACCUUUCCUCUAGUGAUGCCCUACUACACUGAUCCAGACCCUGGUCAAAGCAGAUGUUCUUCACGACCCAAGAAGGACUUCAUCUGUAAAUAUUGUGAACGAAGGUUCACCAAGUCUUAUAACCUGUUGAUUCAUGAACGAACCCAUACUGAUGAACGACCAUACUCCUGUGAUGUCUGUCAUAAAGCUUUCAGAAGACAGGACCACCUCAGAGACCACAGGUACAUUCACUCCAAAGAGAAACCGUUCAAGUGCACAGAGUGUGGGAAAGGUUUCUGUCAGGCUCGGACGUUAGCGGUUCACAGAGUCCUCCAUCUAGAUAAUUCUCCUCACGAGUGCCCCACCUGUGGGCGCACCUUCAACCAGAGAAGCAACCUAAAAACUCACCUCUUGACCCAUACCGACUUCAGGCCCUACCACUGUGGCUCCUGCAGCAAGGUAUUCCGUCGAAACUGCGACCUUCGCCGUCAUAUUCUCACUCAUAGCGUCGAACAUCCAGAAGAAUGGAGGAACUCUCGCUCACUCUCGUCACAAAGCGCCAUUUGCCGCGGUGUCGAGACCGCCAACUUGAGGAGAAAUAUACUUUCCUCCGAGAUAAAAUCCCAGGACCAUCCUUCAGAGGUCCUAGACGUUGAAAACUGAACAUUCCAGACAUUGACAAAUAUUCAUACUGUGUAUAAGGAUUAUUUUACUGAGAAAAUGUAAGUAUUGUAAAACAAAGUUAUAAAGUUAACUUAUUUUAUAUACGAAGUU